UUAUUUGCUUAAUUGCUAAUGCAUUGUUUGUUUACUACAUGGCGCCCUAUUACAAUAUUGGGUAAUAGCACCGUGGCAUGUUGGCCACACAGCCAGGAGAUCCGCGUUUGAAUCACCGUUGGCAUCUCAGUGUGGAGUUUGCAUGCUCUCCCGUUCUCCUAGUACUCAAUUUUCUCCCACAUUCCAGAAACAUGCAUGUAGAUAUGAAUGUGAGUGUCUCUACGUGGCUAGCGACCGGUCACCAGACACCAGUCGAGGUUGUACGCCGCCUCUCGUGUCAGCUGGGAUAGGCUCCAGCAUAUCCCCACGACCCUAGUUAGGGUUGCGGACUAGAAGAUGGAUGGAUAUUGUGUAAUACAAGUGUCAAGGUGACUAUAGGGGUGUUAUUUCAUGUCAAGAGGGCUCUAAUAAUGUUACAAAACGUGUAUAGAAGGUCAUAAACAGGUUUUCUUUGCACUCUUGAUGAAAAUAUUCCAUUUACUAAGUUAAAUGUUGUAAGCGAAUUGUCAACCAGUCACAUUUCUUGAUAAAAGCCUGUUGUUUGAUUGAUUUAUUGUCAUGAAUGUUUUGUGGUAUUGGUCGCUGUUGAAGCAACUGAGGCAAAAUGGAGUACACUACUUGAGUGAUGCGAGUAAAGGUGCUGUGGAUGCAGUCUCAACUAGUUUGUUGACGGUGAAUGUUGAGAAGAAACACUAGGAAACAGGAGUUUAGAACAUUCAGAGAGAGCUUCUCCCAUCCCCUUACACCUAAUAUAAAAUGUUCCCUGCAGUUAAUCAAGGAAUAGGUGUGUGUGUUAAUGUGUUAAUGAAUAAAAGUCCUGUGGACAAUAACAAUAGAGGCUGUUCCACCAAUAAUAUAUAGACCACAUUGUAGACCGUGUAAUCAACGUCUUGCCUGUGUCAUAUGAUGCUAUUAUGUCAUAUCGCUAACCUGCAAACAAGUUGAUAGAGCCACUAGGUUUGGCACGCAGGGGCUAGAAAUAUACGUUGUCUCAGACCUGUGAAAUUCUUAGAGGCCCUGCGGGCACUGUGAAGUUUUUCAACGUGAUCUUAAGGUUCUUAACAGCCGACUGGAGUGCUCUUCCCAAGUUCAAGUUCUAUUUGUUUUUGAAUUUAUGUAUACUACUUCUGUUAUAUUUCAUGUUUCUGCGUGAAUAUAUAUAAGUAAAAUGUGUUGUUUCUGACCUGCUUAUUAGAGAUAUUUCCUGUGGACACACAUCUGCGGGAGGGCCUGCCCCACUUCUGUGAUUCCAGGACGGACUGAUUGUCUACAAGUGCGUCACACUGGAGAUGUUUUGGUCAAAAGAGGAGGUUAACAACCCCAUACUAUGAUGAUGACACAAACAUGCCCCACUUGGCGUCUUGUUUACCGGCUCUUGAAGCUAAUGUUUGUUUAUACAGCAACUUUCACAAGGAAAAGUGCUUCAAAUUGAAAUGUUAGAAUAACUACAGUCCAAUAUUUAUAAAAUAUCUAUAGAAACAAACAGGAGGAAGUUACAAGGCCAAAACCUACAGCAAAUAUAGGAAGGCAUCCUAAAAAUUGACAUAAAAAGUCAGUUUCACAAAAAGCUUGCAGCAUUUUGGCCUAUAGGAACCUGGAUUUCGAGUAUUUACAAAUACAAAUCUGAAGCCCAAAUGCAAGCAAAUGUAGUCAUUUAUGUCGUUCUAUAUGUGGUUUAUCCAUCAAUAUGAUUAACUGGUUAGCUUUGCAAAAAACAGUACAAAGGAACCUCCUUCAAAGACGUCAUAGUCCUGUUUACACAGAACUUAUCAAUGGUGGUAAAUUCCAUGGUGGUGUGUGAAUAUAUGUGGCAAUCUGCCAUUUCAUAACAGGGGUAUGUCAACACAGGUGAACAGUGAACAGCCCUCCCCGUUGCUAGGAAACUUGUGUUUUCAGGUAAAAGUGAUGGAGACGAUGGAGUCGUUUUGGAGGGCCUAACUCUGCUUUAAGUACACAGUUUUUGAGGGAUCUUCACUGAGAAGCGUCGAGAAGGGCACCAUCCCCCGCAAAGGUUCCUGGUAAAACAACAGACUGUGCAAGCAUUUAAAGGAACCCAUUGUCGCUGAGCAACAAAGUUGGCAUCUGAGGACAACUUCCUUCUCUUGUCCUGCUGUGCUGUGAGCUACUAUGCCGAGUGUUGUGGAUCGGAUGGAGCUGAGGAAAGUGUCGACGGAGGCUGACGAUGACAGCACCGACAGUUUGGAUGACCGUUACACGGAGCCCAUCGAUUCGGAAAAGGCCACCAUUAACAGUCAGUUUCUGGACGACAACGAGGAUGGCGAGAGCCAAAAGUUCCUGGCGAAUGGCAUCAUGAAGAAGAAGAAAUAUGAAGAGUACCAUGAAGAAUAUCAUCCAGGCCAUACCUCCUUUGGAAUGUCGGUCUUUAACUUGAGCAAUGCCAUAAUGGGCAGCGGGAUCCUGGGCCUGUCCUACGCCAUGGCCAACACUGGCAUUAUACUGUUCACACUCCUCCUUAUCGGUGUUGCCAUCCUCUCCUUGUAUUCUGUACAUCUGCUUCUUAUGACGGCUAAAGAAGGAGGGUCACUAAUCUACGAAAAACUGGGAGAGAGGGCAUUUGGUUGGCCUGGGAAAAUAGCAGCAUUUGGAUCCAUAAUAAUGCAAAAUAUUGGCGCCAUGUCUAGCUACCUCUUUAUUGUGAAAUACGAGCUGCCAGAAGUGAUUCGGGCGUUCUUGGGUUUAGAAGAAAAUACUGGUGAAUGGUACCUCAAUGGAAACUACCUGGUGAUAUUCGUGUCCAUUGGAAUUAUUUUCCCCUUGUCUCUACUUAAAAAUCUGGGUUAUUUGGGCUACACAAGCGGAUUUUCUCUAUCUUGCAUGGUGUUCUUCCUGGGAGUUGUGAUCUAUAAGAAAACCCAGCUACCGUGCCCUCUUCCAUUCCUUGACCAACCAUCGACCAACGUAAGCACGGAUGCCUCGCACAUGCCGGGCUUGUACGCGUUACACAACCGCUCGGCGCAGAUGGACUUCUCGCGAGCGGACCUUUCCCCGUCCAUCACAGACAGCCACGACGUUCACGCCUCGACCAGCGUCCACUUUGAGCCGCACCCUGACGACGACGACAUGUGCACUCCCAAAUACUUUGUCUUCAACUCACAGACGGCAUACACUGUGCCCAUCCUGGCCUUUGCCUUUGUGUGUCACCCCGAGGUGCUGCCUAUCUACAGUGAGCUCAAAGAUCGCAGCCGGAAAAAGAUGCAGAACGUCUCCAACCUGUCCAUCCUGGCUAUGCUCAUCAUGUACAUGAUGUCUGCACUGUUUGGCUACCUCACCUUUUAUGAAAACGUGGAGGCGGAGCUGCUUCACACCUUCACCAAGGUUUAUAAGUUUGACACGCUGCUGCUGCUUGUGCGUUUGGCUGUUCUGACUGCCGUCACGCUGACUGUUCCCAUCGUGCUCUUUCCCAUCCGCUCCUCCAUCACAACCUUGCUGUUCAGCGGCCGAGGGUUCAGCUGGCCUCGCCAUGCCAUCAUCGCAGCCACCGUCUUGGCCUUCAACAACAUGCUGGUCAUCUUUGUGCCCACCAUCCGGGACAUCUUCGGCUUCAUCGGUUCCUCGGCAGCCACUAUGCUCAUCUUCAUCCUCCCUGCGGCCUUUUACCUCCGCCUGGUGAAGACAGUGCCGCUACGCUCCCCGCAGAAGAUUGGAGCGGCCGUCUUCCUGGUCGUGGGAAUCGUCUUCAUGAUUGGCAGCUUGUCACUCAUCGUCCUCGACUGGAUCCACAAUCCGCCAGGCUCCAGUGAAGGACACUAAGAAGCGACAUUCGCAAAGAGGCCUCAAUCCCUCCUUAAACAUUCAUCACGGUAUAUGAACAUAUCAACAUGUUUUUCACUUUAUCCAUUGAUAUGUCACGGUCCCCGAAUGCAUCGUCGUCAUUGUCAUUUCCAAGCCGCGAAAAGGCAGAACGUAUUUGUCACCAGACGAGCGUGUGAAUGUGACAUUUGGGGACGGCGUCUGUGGCCCUCCUGAGGAAAAACACGGAGCACUUCUCAGCAUCGUUUUGCAGCGUAGGACUAACACAUGUACACUCACAGCCAGUCGGUCAUUUGCUGCUUUUCAACGUGAACAAUCAAGAAAGAAGCCUGCCAAAGUCUGCAUGCACAUACGUACAGUAACACUACUCAACUGGUUUUAGAGUCAUACAAACUCUGAUAUUUUACGACAUGAAGCGGUGGAGGGACUUCCAGUAUUAUAGUCACAUGAGGAUCUGAACAUAUAUGUACAUAAUUACGUGUCUACUGAAUCGUGUUGUACAUACUAUGGAAAAUAUGCUUCAGGCACUUGAUGAAUGUCUAACUAUGAAACAAUAUUUUAUCGAUAUUUCAAAUGUUUUCUAAAGACGCAGUCAACGCAUUUUAAUACCAUGCAAAGGUCAAAGCAGUGUGAUGUGUUUGUAAGCUGUUACACUGAAACGAUUUAGUCAUGUGGUUCAUUUCGUCCAUGAUUGGGCUCUACUAGAAAUGUACUGGUGCCUUUUAUGAUUAUCAAUAACAGUUGAACUUGUGCCUUUUCCUGCAUUAAUUGGCUUUGAUUGCCUUGAAUAAGGAUCCAAUUCUCCUCCUCUUUUUGUCAUGUACACAUCCAGCCAAAGUAGACCAUAUUUACAGAUCCUUUGUGGAUCUAAAUACAUGAGGCAAAUAGAUAUUUCCAAUGAAAUAGUGUUUAUGUGCAUGUUUUUUUGUUUUUUUUUUGCAUUACACACAUGGUCUGUUUGGACAAUUGUAUAUGCUCUGUAAAUAAUCUGUAUUUUAUUGUAUACUGACUCAUUGUCAGCACGUGUUGGGAGUAUUUUCUGAAAUCCAGUGUUUGUUUUAGUAUAUAUAAAUAUAAAUAUGUAUAACGUGUUACAUUUUUUCCCCUCGCUGUAUGACAGUAGGGCCUUUUUUCUCUUUUAUUGUAUAUUUGUAGAAAUAUUUUCACUUUGUUAGCCUGUCACAUGAGGAUGAUUUUAUUAGCGUUUCACAAAACACCGUUUUCUAGCUUGUUAUGUUUUGCUACCCAACGCUGGGUUCAAGUUUAAGUUAAAAGUGAACAACACAGAGGGAGAGCAACCACAAAACUUGCCAGAACCUUGCUCUGCCUGGACAAUCAAACAUUUAUGAAGAUUUCUUGACAUUUUUGCAUUUCUGCUUUUCACCUAGUUGGGUUUUAAAUCUUUCAACCCACACUUCUGCCCUCUAAAGUAUCUCAGGUAUCCUUGUAAAAGUUUCCAUCUUGCUCUGUCUGUACUCUUUUGCAUGAAUGAGCCAAGCUGCUGUUCACGGUGAAGCGGUCAGAGUCAGUGUUUUAUUAAUAAAGAGAUGCAGAACCGCUCGGCUUGCCUAUAUGGAGGAUCACCGACCCCAGUGCUGUCCACAGUGCCUCGACAUCAUGUGGAAUUAAGGCUUCACAUUUGUAAAAAGAAAAAAUAUCCCCACAAAGGGCAUGUUUUUGUAUCGGCGCUGCUGUUUCAUUAUGAAGAAUAAAAAUGUGAAAAAGUCA